AUGAGCAACAAUGAUGAGCUCAAAGGUAACUCGACGGCAUUAAACAAAAGGCAAAGGUUUUUAAACAUCAUGCGCACGACAAGAGAUGUCUAUGUGCCAACGUUUAGCACCACCAUCUCGCAGCUUAAAUCGGAUGCAAGCAGCACCAUCAAGAGCUAUUACGAUGCAUCUGCUGUUCCUGGGAGCUCCUCUGGAGCCCCUGUGUGGCCCACAGACAUGAAAACGCUGGUGUACCCGUCUUACACGCGAAUAGUUCCCGAUGGUCACUACGAAACACACAUCAGGGGUUUGGUAUUUACACCCGGGACGAUGAACCGGAAAUCCAGACUGAUUCUGUCUUUCUGCCGGCAAUUGAUUCGGCCUGCUUCUCCCGGUGAGAAGGUACCUUUGGAAGACGACAAGGAAGAGAUCCCGUUUAAUGACUCCCAGUCCACCGUUGAAUUGUCGCCAGCGUCUCCAUCACUUGCUUUGGAUUCCACGGACGAAAGCACCCUCCGAGCGAGGAUAGCCGGAUUUUUGCAAAAGCAUAUUAUGGGGGUAACAGUGGUUACAGAUAUUUCUAACCAAGAUGGCACCGAGAGUGAAUGUACCUACGUGGCUACGGAUAAUUGGGGGAAUUACGAUAUCAGAGUGGUGACAAAAUUCAAACCGGAGAAAAUAUCGGUAACUAUAGAUGUUCCCGAUGGAGUGUCAACUGAAUGCCCGGUAAAUUUUGUUCAAGAUCGCGGAUUUGCCCUGAUCAGCGAUGUUGACGAUACCAUAAAGCACACCGGUGUGACGGGAGAUAAGAGAUCCCUCUUCACUAAUGUAUUCGUUCACGACUUCAAGCUAUGGUCUGUCCCCGGGAUGCCACUGUGGUAUAAUACUUUAAGAGAUACAGAAACAGUUGACUUCUUUUACGUUUCCAAUUGCCCGUUCCAACUGUAUUCUUUGAUUGAAGAGUAUAUUUUCCAAAAUUUUCCCCGAGGUCCGCUCUUUCUCAAGCAGUAUUCUGGCAAUCUGGUCUCCAGUUUGAUGUCAUCAAGCGCAAAACGAAAGUUGGGAUCAAUACUUAGUGUCCUUGCAGACUUCCCACACAAAAAAUUCAUUCUAGUGGGCGACUCUGGUGAAAGAGAUUUGGAGGCCUACACAGAGGCUGUAAAACAGUUCCCAGGUCAAAUAUCAGCAAUUUAUAUUCGUGCCUGUAAAGAUUCCAUGAGCGAUCUCGCCGUGAAUGAUUCAAAGGUGGUAAAUGAGUUGAAUUCUAUGAUCGAAAAGAAUUAUCAUCAGGAUUUGAAGUUGACGAGUGAUAAAUGCACAAUAAAGACACAGGAGCAAGCUGACCCAAAUUAUUUGCAUACCCGUCAUUUAGCCAAACUCGACGCACAAUCUAAAAGUGCGCCAACUAAACCCUUAAAAAAACCGACAUUGGACGUUGCUCAGCAAAUGGAAAUUGAAUGUUCUAAAAAGGGAAACCCCCCUCUUCCACCUAGAAAACCUGCCACAUUCAAUGGACGGGACAAAGAUCCGUUAACGUUCAAUCGCAGUAACACUGACGAUGUAGUUUAUUGUACGCCCUCCUCACAAAAUGAUUAUGGUGCGUACUCUACAUUCUUCGAUUCCAGGGCUGAUUCCUGGCGUCAAAGAGUCAUGCAUACAAUUUUGGAAUUCAAAAACUGUGGUGCUGAUGUCCGCGUUCAAUUUUUUACACAGCCUGAGUUGUGUUUAGAAGAUAGUAUAGCAACUAUUAGAAGGGAAAAGAAUGGACAAGAUGCCCGCUGA